GGAUCGGUUUGGCUCAGCUCUUGCCGCUUUCUCAGACUUCAAGUGAGAUUCUGUCGCUGCGACUGGAUUACUCCUUCCCUUUAAUUGGGGGGUCACCUCAACACUAGGAAAGUGACUUCUCCCUCCCCUGAAACUGGAAGUUUGUUACCCCAGACUUUAGGCGGCACAGUUGGACUUUCCUCUCGCUUUUGGAACAAAGUAUCUCCUGCCACUGGGUCUCCUCCACGUUCACAAUUUGGGGGUCUCUGCUUCUGACACUGGACUUGUCCCUCUGCUGCUAAUCGAAAACUGCUGCCCUAGAAUUAAGGGGUGUCGCACCCCUCAACUGAACUUUUUCUAAACCUCAACAUAUGGACCAGUUUCUCUUUUCUUGCAAGUGGACCCCCUGAAACCCGGGAUUUGGGAGGUUUCAAGUUGAAUCUGUCACCCAGCUUGGGAGCUUACACUCUGUAAAUCGGGAUGUUGAUGUUAGGGGGUCUCUGCCCAACUCUGCUGUUCUGCAACAGGAUCUGCUCCAGGUAUAUAUAAAUCUGGGCACUAGUUACUGCCCCCCUUGUUUAUUUUUGCUGCUCUUGGAGAUUUUUUUUGGCUUUCCCAUCUCUCUCUCUGGGGGUCUCACUUUACCUACUGGAGUGCAGAAGGUUCAGACAUCGUGGAUUUAACUGUUUUAUGUCAUGACUUUAUGAAUAAGUGAGUAUUGGCCAGUGUAAAGCAGCAGUGAGAACCUCCGGUGCUACAUUGGAGUGCUGACAGGCACCCACCACCAUGGAGAAUGAGGAGUGGAAAGUGUCCGUGUGGAUUUGCCAGGAGGAAAAGCUGGUUUCUGGGCUGACCAGGCGCACUACCUGUGCUGAUGUGGUCAGGGUCCUACUGGCAGACCACAAUGAGAAGCAGGCUGAGGAAGGGUCCAUGCUGAUGGGUGAGGAGGGGUCCAUGCUGCUGGGACCACCACAGUGUUAUUGUAUUGUGGAAAAGUGGAGGGGAUUCGAGAGGAUUUUGCCGAACAAAACUAAAAUCCUCAGAUUGUGGACAGCAUGGGGGGAAGAACAAGACAAUGUCAAGUUCGUCUUGGUCAGGAGCGAGGCUUCUCUGCCCAACAUUGGGCCAAGGAGCGCAGAAGCCAAGGUGGUCCUAAGCAAGGAGAGCCCCUGCCAUCAGAGGACCCUCAGCAAGACCAGCACGGGACCGACCCAAGACAAACAGCGCAGAGUGGUCAGGAAAGCUUUCAGGAAACUGGCUAAGAUAAACAGAAAGAGGCACGAGACCUUACCCAAGGAGUCUUCCUCGGUGGAGAAAAUGGAAACGUUGGUGCAUCUUGUUCUUUCUCAGGACCAUACCAUCCGCCAGCAGGUCCAGAGAAUUAUGGAGCUGGACAGGGAGAUUGAGAGGUUUGAGGCCAGAACCCACUUUGACAGGAUGAAAAUGCACGGGGUCAACUACGUCCAAGAAACCUACUUGGUGGGCACGGUGUCUGAAAAGGGUUCGGCCAGUGACAGCAACCCACCGAGUGAUCAGUCCUCCCAGGAGGAACUCUUUGCUGACUAUGCACAGAAGUGCGACGAGGUCUUGUUGCUGCAAGAACAGAUCAGCCGACAGGAGGAGGCCAUGGAGCAGAUGACCGUACAGAUCCAAGAGGAGCUCAACAAAAGGUGGAUGGAGAGGCGUCAGGAGGAGCUCAGCUCCAAAGAGCAGGAGUCAAGCUUGUCGGACUCAGGGGCAGAUCAAGGGGGUGAUGAGUCUCAGUUACUUUUAGAACAGGAACAAGUUAAAACAGAACUCAGCGCCAGUCUCUACAUUGGGUUGAGGCUGAACACAGACUUGGAGGCUAUCAAGGCCGAUCUGGAUUAUACCCAAAAAAUGUGGGACGAUAAAGAGCAGGAACUGCAGAGUCUGCUGCACAGUCUUAAUGACCUGGAGACCUCGGGGUGUCAGGACUUGGCUGAGAUCUCGUGUGAGGAUACAAGUCUGGGGGUGACAACUACUGGGUCGCCUACGGACAGCUGGGUAGAGAAGGACUUGGGGAGACCAACAAACUGUGAAGCUAACGAUGAGGAUUCAGACACCGGACUAAGUUCUAUGCACAGUCAGGACUCAGACUCUGGCCCAGUAUGUGAAUCUCUGGUAUAGCAAAAUAUCCACCGUACAAACAUGGACAUCUGUUUGUUCCCUGGGAUAUCUAAACAGUGCUUUGCUAUCUACUCUGGCACCAAAAGGGUUAAAGCAGUUACAGAUCCCACGAUCCCCCUCCAACCAUCAACCGUGGGAGUUCUAGUUGCACUUCAGCAGCAGCCAAACAUUAAGUAUCCUUGGGUCUGACUGUUUUACUGCAAUCACAUUGAGGUUUUAUAUGUUUAACAACUUUUUUAUA